UCUCGUGUUGGAAUUCUCAUGCACAUGCACCUACUAGGACGCCCACAGCAACUGACUGUGAAUAUCACGAUUCACAAGUCUACCACUACCAGUUAAGAUGCUCGUAGAUAAUGCACAACCACUAACAAUUUGGAUCCUUCCCAUGUACUCUGACUAUAGGCAGUCGACAUCUUUUCUGGAUCCUUCGCGGAAAUUUUUGGGUUUAGCUACUGUAACACUUUCAAUUGUAUUUAAAAAUUAUUAUCUAACUAUGGACUAACUAGACUCAAAAGAUCCGUCUCAUAAAUUAUAAAUAAACUAUGUAAUUAAUUAGUUUUUUAUCUAUAUUUAGUGCUCUAUGUAUGUGUCUAAACAUUCGAUAUGACAGAGAAUCUUAAAAAAAAUUGGAAACUAAACAAGGUAAGCCAACAAAAAAUCUAACUUCCCAAGCAUACUAAGGACUAGAAGCUGAUGAGUGAUGACAGUGAUUGGAAGGGGUGUUUGGUUGAAGAUGUUAAUUUUUUUUUUAUGAAAGGAGAUGUUAAAUUUUAAUAGGUACUAUAAUAUUUUCAUCUUAUUUGGUAAUUAAUGUUCAAUCAUAAAUUAAAUAAGAUUAAAAGAUUCAUCUCGUAAAUUAAUCUCUAACUAUGUUUUUAGUUUCGUAAAUAGUCUAUAUUUUUAAUGUAACGCGAGUUAAACUGCCAACACGACUACGCUGUUGUGUUCAAAAGGUAUACCCGGCCGGCCAGUCAUAGUAUGAUGAUGGCUCAGACUUUAUGUCACCUCUGUAAGUCUGUAGUCAAGACUUGCCCUUCGGGCACUCCACUUCUCAUACAACCGUAUCUACUCCGUUCGGCUACAUGCCUCCAUUUGAGCUGUUGUCGUAUCAUUUGCAUCUCUCAACUCUACCUCCAGUCCUCCACCCAAUUUGUCACCUCCACUCCGAUGUCCCCGUUUAGCUUGGCCUUGCUAUGGUUAGCUCUCUCACUUGUAGCAGCAGCAGCAGAUGACCAAGAGGCUAGCUGCUCUCCAAAGUUAUGCGGCAAUCUGACUAUUUCAGACCCAUUUGGAUUUGUUACGGAGCAGGCAACGGACACAAAAUGCGGUCGUCUGGGAUUCGAGGUCCAUUGCAACAACAGCAUUCCAUACCUCGGGUAUUAUCGGCGGAAGUAUCGAUUCAAGAUCCUCAACAUCUUCUACGACAACAGCUCCUUGCUUGUCGCUGAUAUCCACAAGCUCGAGGACUUCAUCGGAUCCAACUCCAAGGGCUGCCAUGUUCUGACUGCCAACACCUCCUCCAAAAUCGGUCUUCCAUUCUCGAUCAGCCCUGUCAAUCUGAACCUCAUCUUCUACAUGUGCACCAAGACACCGGAGCCGGAUAGGAGGCUUGUGGAGACGAAAUGUGGCAGCAGCUUGCUUGUUCAUGUUGGAGGGCAUUACAAUGACUCGAGCAACUACACGCAGUACUCGGUAGAGGGAUGCAGCACUACCCUUGUGCCAGUGCGGGGGGCAUUUGGCGAGACGAACGCGAGCAGCUAUGAGCAACUCAUCAGCGAUGGCUUCCUCUUGACAUGGCAGCCACCAUCUGGUUCCAUGUCUGCUACAGCUGGGUUGUUUUUCACAUGUCUUCUUUGGCUCAUAUACCGUCGGAAACAAAAGCUCAGUCUCUUCAUUCUCCAAAAGCAUGCUCGGAGUCAAUCAAAUAUGGAAGAGAUAAUAAGGAGAUAUCAAUCACUGACCCCAAAGAGGUACAGUCACUCGGAUCUGAAGAAAAUAACAAGAGGUUUUAAGGAAAAAAUAGGAGAGGGUGGUUAUGGUACAGUAUUCAAGGGUACUCUACCAGAUGGCCAUAUGGUUGCUGUGAAAAUCUUAAAAGGAUACAAAGGCAAUGGAGAGGAAUUCCUAAAUGAGGUUACUAGCAUUGGUAGGACUUCCCAUGUCAAUAUUGUCAGUUUAUUUGGCUUUUGUUUACAGGGAUCUAAGAGAGCCCUUGUUUAUGAGUACAUUGCCAAUGGCUCUUUAGAGAAGUAUAUUUAUUCAGAGAGUUUAAAGUCGGCUCUUGGAUGGGAAAAUUUGAGGAAAAUAGCUAUUGGCAUCGCACAAGGCCUGGAGUAUUUGCACCAGGGCUGCAGCACCCGCAUCAUUCAUUUUGAUAUUAAGCCCCACAACAUCCUUCUUGAUGAAGACUUUUGUCCCAAAAUUGCUGAUUUUGGAUUGGCAAAACUGUGUCAUGUCAAGGACAGUGCUCUCUCGAUGGCUGAUGCAAGAGGCACCAUUGGUUUCAUUGCUCCAGAAGUGUUUUAUAGAGGGUUUGGAGUUGUGUCAACUAAGUCAGACGUUUACAGCUAUGGAAUGAUGGUACUACAAAUGGUAAGCGGCCGGGGAAAUACUGAAAAUUCUAGUGAAACGUAUUUUACUGACUGGAUUUAUGACUGCAUGUUAAAGGAUUUGCAAAGCCAUGAAGUCACAUCCGAGCUAGAAGAGACUGCAAAGCAGAUUGCUCUAGUUGGCUUGUGGUGCAUACAAAUGACCCCAGGAAGUCGUCCUUCCAUGAAUACAGUCAUAGAAAUGUUGCAUAAGAAUAUCAAAGAAUUGGAAAUGCCACCCAAGCCAUUCCUUUCCUUCCCCCUGCCCCAAACACAUUUAUCAUCUUAGCCAAGAUAUUCGCUAUUGGGAGGACUCAUAUCAUCUAUGUUUUAUAAUGUCACUCAAAACCAAAACAAUGAAAAGUAUAUUCUUUUAGCACCUUUGAAUUACUAUUGCACAUUUUCAAUAG